CCUGCCUCUGCCUCUGUCUCUGCCUCUGUUCGGCCUUAUCUCUUAUCCUGCAGGUGUCCAUUGCGGCGGCAGUACCUCCACUAGUCUCCCGGGCCGCGCUCCGUAGAGCACUAGGUAUCUCUUAUCUCACCCCCUACUUUCAGCCUACGGGCCACACACCGUAGUAGACGUUGAUCAGGCAAUCGCAAACUACUGUACUAUCAGUCCGGGGCAGUGACCCAGAUUGCUGAUAUCGCUGCAAUACCAAUUCUAACCAAGUAUAUAGUUACAAUGUUUCGAUCCACCAAACGACUAUUGAACGGCUACGACAGAGUGACCUGGUGACCAGCCUGAACACCCAACCUUCACAAUCUAUCUCUUGUCAAAAGAUAACGUCGUUGAUCCAGUGUCCUUCCUUCUCCCGAAACAGCCUCCUUCACCAUUUGCCUGCCAUGGACGGGUACCGGAAAUCCAAGGACGUGUCCGUCAUGCAACCUUUGGAAGUGCUUGAGCCUAGCCAGAGUGUCUCCAAUGCGCAAGUCAUCGAUUUACAGGAGGACCGAAAUGGCCAGUUCCAUCGAUCUUUUACUCCUCGCCAAGUUCAUAUAAUAGCCUUGGGUUCGAACAUCGGGAGUGGAGUGUUCAUCGGCACUGGCAAAGCUCUUGCUAGUGGUGGCCCCGGAAGCAUGGUCAUCGCUUACGCUCUCGUGUGCUCCGGCGUUUGGGCAGUGCUGCAGACACUCUCUGAAAUGACCAUUGCAUUUCCCACUUCUGGAAACUAUAUUGAUUAUGCCGGUCGUUGGGUUGAUCCUGCCCUUGCAUUUGGUGCUGGUUUUGCAGAAUGGCUUGGCUGGGUUGCUAUCGUUGGCUCCGAGGCAACGUUCUUCACCGUUCUCGUGGACUAUUGGGCCGAGGGGUCGUUUCCUGCAGCUGCAGGAUACACCAUUUUUAUCGUGGCAUCCCUUUCGGUUUUCCUCCUUCCAAACAAAUGGUUCGCCAGAUACGAGUAUAUCACGUCCAUCGUGAAGAUAUUCACUUUUCUCAUCAUCAUCCUUGUCUCAUUGGCGAUUGUCUGUGGAGCUGGGCCGCAGGGCUACGUGCACAGAGGCGUGUCCUGGUCCGAAUUACCAGCGUUCAAAAACGGCUUCGGGGGUUUUGCGACUUGCGCUUUGCUUGCAAUGUGGGCGGUAGGUGAUCAGGUUUUCAUUGGGAUCAUCGGGGGUGAGGCCCAAAGCCCACGGUUUUCAAUGGCCCACGCCACCAAGCUUGUACCAUUCCGUGUCAACGUGGUAUAUAUGCUCAGCGUCAUCUUUGUCACCCUCCUGGUUCGAUCGGAUGAUGAUCACUUGCUCGGUGGCUCCGGAAUUGCCGCAUCACCUUUUAUCAUUGCGGUCAGGGAUGUGGGCAUCCCAGGGAUCGGACACGUUCUGAAUGUCGGCAUGAUCGUGGGCAUUCUGGCUAUAUCUGCCGAGUCCAUCUAUCUGUGUUCAAGAGUACUGCGAACCAUGGCACACCAGAAACUCAUCCCGGAAGCAUGGGCCAAGGUCGACAGCGCAGGCCGACCUAGAUGGGCGCUUCUCAUCAGCACUAUUGUUGGUGUAGCUCUUACGUACAUUCAAUUAUCCGCUGGCGGGCUGAAGGUCUUCAGCUGGUUGCUCUCCAUCACAAGCGCCUCGUUCUUCAUGAUGUGGAUGAUCAUCGCUAUCACAAACUGGCGCUUUCGCCAGGCUCUGCGCGCCCAAGAUGACAAGCUCUUUAGAGAGGUCUAUGCUUGGUCAGCUUGGAAAUGGCCCCUACCUCCUUGGUACCUCUUGACGAUCUCUACCUUGCUGCUUGCUUGUUGUCUUGCAACCUCUAUCGAUCCAUUGGGUGAUACGCCAUUCUCUGCCUACGCUUUCUUCCAGAACAAUCUUGGGGUUUUACUUAUUGUGGCCAGUACAUUGGGUUACAAGGUUAUCCGGCGAACUCGCUGGGUAGACCCCAAGGAAGCCGACCUUAUUCAAGGCCGUCGCACACUUUCCACCGAGGAAAUCGUUCAACUGGACAAUUACUAUAGAAUGUCGACGUGGCGCCGCUUCUGUACAUAUGCCCAACUCUGGUGAAGAAGCAUUUCACGGCAUACGUCAGGUACUGCAAAAUAGUCUCGGGGGUUUUGAGUGCAUUUGUCAUACAAAGCACUGUGGAAAGAGCUUUAUGGGAUGCACCGUUACUAGAAAGGAUUGGUGUCCUACAACAUCAGGUAUUACAAUCGGAUCGAAAAUACAGUGCAUAGCCCUCUGUAAAAAGACAGUCAGAUUGAUCCUUCAAGAUAGUCCUAUAGUAACUAGCAGGACUUUUAUCCCC